AUGGAAAAUUACCCAUUGUUGGAGACGAUGUUGUCUUUUUACAAGUUGAUUCAAGCAAGUGAUGAAGAUUUAUUAAUGCUAACAUUCCAUUAUUGCUUGCUCACAAAUGGGUUUAAAGUUUCUUCUCCAAAUCAACCAAGUGAAAUUCUCAAUUUAAGCGAUGUUGAGAACUCGGUUCCCAUACAUUAUAUCUUUGAUGGUUUUAUUGUUAAAUGUGAUCAUAAUACUGUUGUCACUGAAAAGCCUCCUGAUAUUGAGUUUGGAACUAAUCAAGGUCGUGAAAUUGAAGAUGGCGUUUAUUCGGUUGAAAUCCAAAUAAACGGCGAUGCUUGGCCGUUUCUUGAAGAAUUCGUUAUCGAUGAUUAUUUGAAUAAGCAUACUGCUGGUACAACAAAUUCGGUGCAAAAUAUUAUUAAGGAUAUUCCUGGUUUUAUGGAAAAAUCGAUGAACGUGAUUUCGUCACUCAAAGAAUAUAUUAGAGAAAAUAAACAAAGACUUAUUGAUCAACAAGCUGAUCAUCAACAAACUGAUCAUCGACCACGCGACUGGCCUGUUGAUGCAUAA